AUGGCUUCAGGAGAGAGAAGCUCUGAGAAGGAUGGGAGGAUUUUUGCUGCCCGCCCCCCCGAUAGAGGAAAACAACGGAGAAUUACAGACUUCUGGGGCCCGGUGAUUAACACUGUGCCUUUUCCAGUCGCUACUGGGAUACCUGGUUCGGCUGAAAUGUCCCACCCAAGGGAAGAGACGACCGCUGGGAGAAAACAGUCCUACGCUGCAAUGGCAAGGAGGUCUAUGCCAAAUAUUGAUGAUCUCCCAGAUCCGAUUCGCGCUGGAAAUCUCACAAAAAUUAUGAUCCCUCAGGAGGCGUAUGAAGAGAGAUUACAGUCUUUCUCACAUGCACUGAUUGGUCGAGUAAAUUUUUGCUUUGUCUCGAUGGAUGAAGUAAGGGCGGAAGCAAAGAACGUCUGGAACUUGAAGGGCAAGGUGACUCUUGCGCCUUUGGGAAAAGGUUUUAUCCUUCUUCGAUUUGAAGUGGAAGGCGAUAUGGCUGCUAUGUGGAAAAGGGGUCCCAUCAAAGUUAAGGGUCAGAUUAUGCGUUUCCAGCGCUGGCGACCGGAGUUCAAUAUUCAUGAAGAUCCAGUUCAAACCAAACUCGUCUGGAUUCGAUACCCAGAGCUUCCUAUGGAGUAUUGGCAUGAGAAAAUUUUACUCUCCAUGGGCAAAGCCUCAAGGUGCCCUGUAGAGGUUGAUCGAAGAACGAUACAGGGUAACAUGGGGAAUUACGCUAGGGUGCUAGUGGAAGUGCUGUUGAGUGGAACCAGAGUGGAGGAAAUUCAGGUUGAAAGAAAACAGCCGGGUAAGGAUGAUUUGUUCUGGUUCAAACAAAGAAUUCUCUAUGAGGAUGGCAUUGAAAGAUGUACAUCCUGUAAGAAGCUGAGGCAUCUUGCUGAGCAGUGUCGAUCUAAGCGGAACACUGAGCGGCAGCCGGCUGAGGAAGACCGACGUCCAGGGGGAACUUUUCAGGUAACGAAGGAGGAGGGUGGUGCGCCCAGAUCAGAGGAAAUCCCUACUAAAUCUUCUUAG